GCGCUGUCCUAGCGAGGCCACAAUUCAGGCCUCUGCCUCGUGUGCAUGCAGGGCAUUUACAGACGAGCACUGAACCGCUGUCGCGCGCGACGCGCGUUUCACGACAGCGAUCGACCAGCGCAAGCGCGGUACCAGAAAACGAGCGCGAAACGCAUACAUUCAAACACCAAGUAAAAGUGAGUGAGAGAGGCAGCAAGUGUGAGCCACGCUCACGACAGCGAUAAGAGGUACCAGCACACGCGCGUGUGAAACUCCGCCAAGAGAGAGUAAGCAAGUAAGAAAGUGAGAGCAGCACAAGGAUGAGCCGGCUCGUCGAGCGCCUCGUCGGCCGGCCCCUGACCGACGAGGAGAAGCUCACGGCGGGCGUCGUGCUCACGCUGACCUUCAUGGUUUUUGAAGGAGCAUUUGCCAUAGUGGCCGGCUCGUUGGCCAUGCUCGGCGACGCCGCGCACAUGCUGAGCGACGCGGCGUCGUUCGCGGUGAGUCUAGCGGCCUUGCGAGUGGCCAAGCGGGGCCCGACGAUGCGCCACACGUAUGGCUUGGCGCGGGUCGAGGUCGUGGGCGCGCUCGCGUCGACGCUCGCCCUCUGGGCCGUAACCGGUGGCUUGGUCUACGAAGCCUUCUGCCGCAUCCACGCCUACGUCCAAGGCAACGCCAAACCCGUCGACGGCAAGCUCAUGGUCAUCCUGGGGUGCUUCGGGGUGUUAACCAACGUCGCGAUGGAGCGGAUCUUGGGGGCGCACUCGCACGGCUUCGGGGGCCACGACCACGGCCACGGCCACGGUCAUGGGCACGGCCACGGGCACAAGGACGACCAUGCGUGCUGCGACGGCGACCAUGGCCACAACCCGUUACACGGCGACGCGCUCGCCUCCUACCGCGGCGCCGGGGCCCACGGCCACGACGCGGCCCACGGCCACGGUUCCGGCCACGACCACGAGGCGCACGGCCACGGCGCGGACGCGCACGGCCACGGUUCCGGGCACGACCACGGCGAUUGCUGCGACGAGGAUCACGGCCACGAGGCGCACGGGCACAAGGAGCACGAUCACUCGGAGCACGGCCACAAGGGCCACGACCACGACUGCUGCGACGAGGACCACGGCCACUCAGAGCACUCUCAUGAGUCUCACGGUCACAAGGGCCACGACCACGACUGCUGCGACGAGGACCAUGGCCACUCCGAUCAUGGCCACAAGGAGGAGUCCCACGGCCACGGCUCGAGCCACGGCCACGACGCGGCGCACGACCACGGCAGCGCGCGCGCGCACGAGGAGUCCAAGCAUGAUAUAGAGCACGGCCACAGCGACCACCGGACACCCUUACACUCAUCAAAGAAAGGCUACAGUGCCAUACCGACGCAGACGCCACCUCCAAAAACCAAGAAGCGCCAGAUGAACAUCGACGCGGCCUACCUCCACGUCUUGGGCGACUUAUUGCAGAACCUGGGCGUCAUCCUGGCCGGCGCCGUCAUCUGGUGGCGGCCGACGUGGCAGGUCGCCGACCCGCUCGUUACUUUAUUUUUUGCGCUGAUCGUGGUCAGGACGACGAUGGGCUUCAUGGGCAAGGCGGUCAAUAUUUUGUUGGAGGGCGCGCCGGCGAACGUGGACAUCGGGGGCCUGAAGAAGGGCUUGGAGGACGUCGAGGGCGUGGGCGACGUGCACGACAUCCACGUCUGGGAGCUCACGGCCGACAGGCCGGCGAUGUCGUGCCACGUCGUCCUCGCGCCGGGGGCGACGCACGACGAGGUGCUCAUGCGCUGCCAGGACGUCUGCGCCGACGACUUCGACAUCGACCACGCGACGAUCCAGGUCCAGGCCUCGCACUGCCGCGCGCGGACGUGCUGCUCGCAGGAGCACAUGUCGCCCGACAUGGGCGGGCGUCCGCGCGAGGAUUCUCUCUGCUGAGCGCCUGCUCUGGCGCCCUUCCCUCCCUUGUGC